AUGACAACGACUGCCUUGGCGGACCACGUGCUGGUCCUGGGCUCGAGUUACGCGAACGAACUGGUGGUCGUGGACGCUGCGACGGGCGGCCACUUGACGUGCUUGAAGAACUGCCGCGCGGCGCUCAAUGGCGUCCACGUGGUCCCUCGGACGGACCACGUCGUGGCCGUGCAAGAGGGCAAACUCGUGCUCAACCUCUACCGCUGGGGCACGAACAUGCCCGUGUUCAAGUGCCACGUGGCCGAGCGCAUGGGACCAGUGACGGCGUCGAGCUGUGGCAACUUCCUCUUCGCGGGGGCCGACUCGGGCAAAGUGUACGUGUGGGACGUCAAGACGGGCGAGUUGGUGACAGUGUUCGAUGCGCACUACAAGCGCGUGUCGGCACUGGCACUGACGGCCGAGGACUCGCACUUGAUCACGGCGGGCGAAGACGCACUGGUGCACGUGUGGCGACUGCUCGACUUGCUGGACGAACCGGACGUGGCAGCCAGUUUCCAACAGGGCGUGACACCCGUCGUGAGCUUUACGGACCACGUGCUGCCGGUCACGUCUCUGCAUGUGGGUCUGGGCGGCGUGAACGCCCGAGUCUACACGUCGUCGCUCGACCGCACGUGCAAGAUCUGGUCGCUGCGCUCGGCCCAGUGUCUCUACAGUGUCUCGUGCCCGUCGUACGUCAACGCGUGCAGUGUCGACCCCAUGGAGCAGCGGCUGUUCAUGGGCUGUGGCAACGGCGAGAUCUACGUGCUGGACCUGCACGCGGCGGCAACGACAGUCACUGCAGCUACAGCACGUGUGGUCAAUGCCUCACUGGGUGCAACAACGUCGGUUGUCAAGCCAACGGACGCGUCGCCAUGGGGCCCUGACGCUUUGCUGCCCGACUCGUUCAAAGGCCACGAAAGCAGUGUCACCACGUUGAGCGUACACGGCAGCGGUGCUUUCCUCGUGUCGGGAGACGAGAGCGGCGUUGUGCACGUGUGGGACAGCCUCAGCCGCCAGUCGCUACGUACGAUCAAACCGUUCAAAGGCAAAGUCACGGCUUUGGUGCUGCUUCGUCGUCCGCGACACCUGUUGCAUCCGGCCAAGACGCCGUAUACCAUGGCAAGCGAUGACCCGGACGACAUGUUGGCCACGCCGCUCCCUGUUGCACCGCUCAAGAAGUACAUGAACGCGACGACCGACGAGUGA